GGCUGGGGGGGACCCUGCAGGACGCACGGAAGGAGGGAGGGGGCCGUGCUCAGCGCCCAGGCCUGGCCACGGGGCCACAGGGCAACACAGCCACGCCGCCUGCCGCAAGCCCGAGCCGGAGCGGAGCCGGGCGGGCAGGCAGAGCAGCUCGGUCUUGGGAACCCUCUGGGAUGCCUGAGAGUGUCUCUCUCCUGCCCCCAGCCUGGCUCCCACCAUGAGCGCCGAGCUCAACGUGCCUGUGGACCCCUCCACUCCUGCCUGCUCUGAACCAGGCCACAAGGGCAUGGAUUACCGAGACUGGGUCCGCCGCAGCUACCUGGAGCUGGUUACCUCCAACCACCACUCCGUGCAGGCCCUGUCCUGGAGGAAACUCUACCUGAGCAGAGCCAAGCUGAAGGCCUCCAGCCGGACCUCUGCCCUCCUCUCAGGCUUCGCCAUGGUGGCCAUGGUGGAGGUGCAGCUGGAGACGCAGUACCAGUACCCCCGACCACUGCUCAUCGCCUUCAGCGCCUGCACCACGGUGCUGGUGGCCGUGCACCUCUUCGCCCUGCUCAUCAGCACGUGCAUCCUGCCCAACGUGGAGGCCGUGAGCAACAUCCACAACCUCAACUCCAUCAGCGAGUCACCACAUGAGCGCAUGCACCCCUACAUCGAGCUGGCCUGGGGCUUCUCCACCGUGCUGGGCAUCCUGCUCUUCCUGGCCGAGGUGGUGCUGCUCUGCUGGAUCAAGUUCCUGCCCGUGGAUGCGCGCCACCAGCCCGGCCCCCCGCCCGGCCCCGGCGGCCACACAGGCUGGCAGGCCGCCCUCGUGUCCACCAUCAUCAUGGUGCCUGUGGGCCUCAUCUUCGUGGUCUUCACCAUCCACUUCUACCGCUCCCUGGUGCGCCACAAAACAGAGCGGCACAACCGCGAGAUCGAGGAGCUGCACAAGCUCAAGGUGCAGCUGGACGGGCAUGAGCGCAGCCUGCAGGUGGUGUGAGGGCGCGGUGCCCCGGGCCCAGGCCAGCGCCCCCUCCCCCCACCCCCCACCCUGGGGCACAGCAUGGAGGUGGGCCGCCGCCGAGGCCGCCCCAACACUACCAUGUGGUUCGAGACCAAAGUCUUACCCCCUGUCUUCACCCUGGAAAACCUGGCUGGGUGGUCCUCCCACAGAAAUUGGAAAUCUGUAGUAAAAAGAGAGACUCUGUUGCUAA